CCUUAGGGGCUCCAAGCGACAAAAACUCAAAGAGUGAUAUCUGUUUGACGAUCAAAAUUAUAUUAUUAGUAAACCCGUUAAAAAAUGCCAAAAAGAACGCUUCAGUCAAAAUCCUAGGGUUUGAGGUCUGGGCGGAGCACUCGAUUAGUCAAUUAAAGUUUGCUGUUGUGCGUAAAGUAGUGAUGGAUGUGGACAGAUUAGAGCUUGUAAAAGCUCAAUUGCAACCAUUUUUACGUCAAGGGGAGGAAUAUGUUCGUCGCGUUGAAGAAUUUGCUCGUGAGAUCCCUCCAAUUCAGAUCUAUAUUGCAGUCGGAGCCGUGUUCAUCACUACCUUUCUAAUCUACUUAAUACGCCUUUUCAAGCAUACAAUAUCCAACACCAUUGUACUCACUGGGCUUAGUGGAGCUGGGAAAACUGUUCUUUUUUACCAGCUUCGUGAUGGUUCUUCUCAUCAAGGCACUGUUACAUCAAUGGAACCCAAUGAGGGUCUUUUUGUCCUCAAUUCCGAGACCUCCAAGAAAGGCAAGAUUAAGGCUGUUCACCUUGUUGAUGUUCCUGGCCACUCACGUUUGCGCCCUAAAUUGGACGAAUAUGUCCCUCGAGCAGCUGGCUUAGUAUUUGUUGUAGAUGCAGUGGAAUUCUUGCCCAAUUGUCGUGCUGUUUCAGAGUAUCUCUAUGACAUUUUAACAAAAUCGAGUGUUGUCAAGAGGAAAAUUCCACUUCUUAUCCUUUGCAACAAGGUGGAUAAAGUCACUGCACAUACAAAAGAGUUCAUCCGAAAACAACUGGAGAAAGAAAUUGAUAAGCUUCGGACAUCAAGAAAAGCUGUAUCAGAUGCGGAUAUAUCUAAUGAAUUCACACUCGGAAUCCCAGGGGAACCCUUUUCAUUCUCUCACUGUGUAAACAAAGUCACUGUUGCUGAGGCUUCUGCAUUAACUGGUGAGAUUCAACCCUUGGAGCUCUUCAUUAGGGAACGUGUCAAGCCUUGAUCUUUCAUUCCAUUCCAUUCCAUUUCUCACAAUGGAAUUAGAUAAAUAGCAACGGAAUCGGAAUUUGAAGAGAUGUUUCCCUUUCUUUUUUAUUUUCUUUUUUGGAAAUUGUUGUUUAGGAGAUGUUAAUAUUCUAAAGACGUAAAUUUGCAUAUUGUGGGGUGUGUUUGAGUUUGACAAUUCUGAGAUUGAUUUUGACU